AACCGAAUUCAUACCUAAAUAUGUAGAAUACAGUUUUGCCUAAAACAUCAAUUCUUAUGAGUUUUAAAUUUACCAAAUAUUUUUUUAAAAUACUAAUUAUAAACUGAGUUAUCCAAAAAAAAUGAAUGAUCCAAAUAUUUUUUAAUCCAAAAUAUUUAGGAUUAUCAGAAAGAACCGAAUGUAUGUAGUAAAUGUAGUAAUUUUGACUAGAGAAAACCGGUAUAAUCUAAACCGAAACAAUUUCCAAAAAACACUUAAACCACUCCGAACCAGCUGAAACGAACCGGAAUAAACCUUGUCUGGUCCAUCCCCAUAAACCCUUCCAUAAUCUCGCUAGGUUUCGUGCUGAAAGUUUCAUUUGUCUAAUUGAAGGUUUUGUUUUUGGUACAAACAAUCCUCAAAGUUCGUUCAGCUGCUUCGGACGUUUGAUUUGAGCUGUUUGUCCAGAUAAUGAAGUAUGUGAAGCCAUUGAGGUUACUAGGUGAUGCGUUGAAGACAACAAAAGUGUCAGUCCCUGGUCGGUUCCUAGGGUUAGAUGUUGGUGAUAAGUAUGUCGGUGUAUCUAUUUCAGAUCCUUCUAACAUGAUUGCUUCUCCAUUGAGUGUUCUGCUCAGGAAGAAAACAAACAUUGACUUGAUGGCUACUGAUUUCCAGAAUCUGGUCAAAGCAUUUUCUGUGUCGGGCUUAGUGGUUGGUUAUCCAUUUGGCAAACUGAACAAUGUUGAAGACGUUGUCACUGUGAAUCUUUUCAUUGAGGAACUUCGUAAAACCGAGAAACUCAGGGAUUUGAAGUACACUUACUGGGACGAGCGGUUAUCAUCAAAGACUGUUGAACUGAUGUUGAAGCCCUUGAAACUGCAUCCGGUUCAAGAGAAGACAAUGUUGGAUAAGUUUGCUGCUGUAGUUAUACUUCAGGAAUACUUAGAUUACGCAAACAGGUAUGUGAACAAUGAGCCAGCAGAGUAAAAGGGAAACGGGUUAUGACAAAUUUGGUUUGAUUGUUAACAACCUCCAAUUCUCUAUAAGAGCUAGUUUUAGAUAUAUGAAUAUUUUGAUGUUUGUUUGCUUGUGACAUUAUCUAUUGUGUACAAAGAUAUCUUCCAUUUAAGCAAAACAUUAUUAUCCUUAAGCA